AGAGACCCAAGCUGAGCCUAACUGGCCGAAAGAGUCUCCAGACUUGGUCACUGUUACCUGAGGAAAAGUAGCUGUCCCAUGCACUGUGGCUGUCCCGGCCAUGUAGGGAGCAGCAGCUGGCAAGGAGUCAGGGGAAUCAAGCCUUAGAAAGAGGAAGAGUCUGCCAAGGGAGCUGGGAGAGCAGCCCUGCCAGGGCUGCUGUUGGCUGAGGGAGAGGAGGAGGGCCAUGCCAUCCAGACCCAACAAGAGGUCAAAGACUACAAAAUUCCUAACGACAGAAACUAAGACUUCAGAAACUCCAAGCUGCAUCAAGUUGAGGAAGUAUUCAAACCAAACCACUGAGCGAGCAUCCUUCCAAACCCAUGAUGUCUAAACUCUCAGCCGUAGACGUUGUAGACGUCGGGGUUCCAGCUCCAUCUUUGCACACAUAAUCCAGGAAGCCGCUAGCUCUCGAUGUCUUCUGUCAAGUUAUGGCUCAAUGGUGCGUCAUCGAUCUCUCUCGUGGGCUCUGAAGAACUGGAGAACCUAGGAUUUGUGGGCAAAGGCGGGUUCGGAGCCGUGUUCCGGGCACGCCACACAGCAUGGAACCUUGAUGUAGCAGUCAAGAUCGUGAACUCGAAGAAGAUAUCCAGGGAGGUGAAGGCUAUGGUGAAUCUUCGUCAUGAGAACGUGCUGCUCCUGCUGGGGGUCACUGAGAACCUCGAGUGGGACUACGUGUACGGGCCGGCUCUGGUGACAGGAUUCAUGGAGAACGGCUCCCUCUCAGGGCUGCUGCAACCUUCAUGCCCUCGGCCCUGGCCUCUCCUCUGUCGCCUGCUAGAGGAAGUGGUGCUGGGGAUGUGCUACCUACACAGCUUGAACCCUUCGCUACUGCACCGGGACCUCAAGCCCUCCAAUGUUCUGCUGGAUCCAGAGCUCCACGCCAAGUUAGCAGACUUUGGCCUGUCCACAUUUCAGGGAGGGUCACAGUCAGGGUCAGGGUCAGGAUCGAGAGAUUCUGGGGGCACCCUAGCUUACUUGGCCCCAGAGCUGUUGGAUAAUGACGGAAAGGCUUCUAAAGCAAGUGAUGUUUACAGUUUUGGGGUCCUCGUGUGGACAGUGCUGGCUGGAAGAGAAGCUGAGGUGGUAGACAAGACCUCACUAAUUCGUGGAGCAGUGUGUAACAGGCAGAGGCGACCUCCAUUGACAGAGCUGCCUCCGGACAGCCCUGAGACUCCUGGCUUAGAAGGACUGAAGGAGUUAAUGACGCAUUGCUGGAGUUCUGAGCCUAAAGACAGGCCAUCCUUCCAAGACUGUGAAUCAAAAACCAAUAAUGUUUACAUCCUGGUACAGGACAAGGUAGAUGCUGCUGUCUCCAAGGUAAAGCAUUAUCUGUCUCAGUACAGAAGCAGUGACACAAAGUUGUCUGCCAGAGAGUCCAGCCAAAAAGGUACAGAGGUGGAUUGCCCCAGGGAAACCAUAGUUUAUGAAAUGCUGGACCGCCUGCAUCUGGAGGAGCCCUCUGGAUCAGUUCCUGAAAGACUCACAAGUCUUACUGAGAGGAGAGGAAAGGAAGCAUCAUUUGGGCAUGCCACACCAGCAGGGACAUCAUCUGACACCUUGGCUGGCACUCCCCAAAUUCCACAUACUUUACCCUCCAGAGGCACAACACCUAGGCCAGCCUUUACUGAGACUCCAGGUCCUGACCCCCAAAGGAAUCAGGGAGAUGGAAGAAACAGCAAUCCUUGGUACACCUGGAACGCACCAAAUCCAAUGACAGGGCUACAGUCUAUUGUCUUAAACAACUGUUCUGAAGUGCAGAUUGGACAACACAACUGCAUGUCAGUACAACCGAGAACUGCCUUUCCCAAGAAGGAGCCAGCACAGUUCGGCAGGGGUAGGGGCUGGUAGCCCGUCCACGUCCACGAGUAGACUUCGGAGAGGACCUGCAAGUGCCUGAAGCAGGAAAUACACCAUUCAGGCAGCCAGUAUAAAUAGAGUGAAAAUAAAAGCACUUUCUAAGCAACCUGAA